UCAUACGUCAUACGAAAAUAGUAUCAAGUCAAAGAUGAAAGUUAUUUUUAAUAUUUCUUUAAAAAAAUACUAGAAUGCAUUGUUUUAUAAUUUAACAUGAAGUUUUUAUACACAUGUGAACUGCUGUACUUGUCGAAAGAUUUUUUUAAAUCGUGAAAGCACUGAAAGCAAAGUUUACAAAAAUUAUGAUUUUACUAAAGCAAACAGUUAAAUAUUCUCGAAUAGGAAGCAAAGUAAUACCGAGGACAGUCAAGGGGUGGGCUAAAGCAAAUAAAAAUGGUGCAUCUCGAGGUGACAGGUGUGCCACAAUACCCUCAUGCAUUAACUAUAAAUGAUCUGCCAAAUGAAUUACUUAUAUACAUUUUUUCUAUGAUCGACAUUGAAUCACUGCUGGCAGUGGCUAAAGUUUGUGUGAGAUGGCAACAACUCUGCUUGACACCCUGCAUUUGGGAUAACACACGCCUCAUUGUAUGUAUGAAGAAUUAUGUAAAAAUAAGUGAUAGCAUUGUGCCUUUUGUGGCUAAGUAUUUAAAAAAUGUAAAAUUACAGUACUUCAAACUGUAUUCACAAGUGAGGUCUUCCCUUAUCAGCUACUGUCCAAAUCUGACUCACCUAGAAAUAAGUAUAUCUCAAGUUGAUAGUUGUAUUUUUGAUGAUUUAGGCUACUGGCCGAAUUUAAAAUUUCUUAGCUUCCGCAACUCUCUGAUAGUACAAAAUGCUGAAAAUGCAAAUGGAAAUUUUGUUUAUCACCUGCCAUUUGAGAAGUUGAAAUAUUUAGAAACACUAAUUUUAUCCAAUUUUGCAUUGACCCAGGGUAGUUUAUACAGUAUGUUACAAUGCAUGAAUUUAGUAAGUAUAAAUAUGGAAAAAAUGAAGAAUAUACCUGCAGACUUCCUCGAAUCUUUGCUAAGAACUAAACAAAAUACUUUGAGAGCUCUGCAUAUUUAUGGUGAUACGUUGAAUGAUGAUAUAAUAUCUUCAAUAUCUAAAUGUAAGGCAUUACAAGUCUUACACAUAAUGACAUGCAAAACAUUGUUCGAUUCUAGUUUAUUACACUUCUACCGAUUAAAGAAUUUACGCUCAUUGAAAUUACGUCAUGGAUAUUUUUCUACAAAUGCAUUACUGGCAUAUUUUUCAAAUAAUAUAUUUCAGCAUCUAACAUAUUUAAGUCUCUCUAGAUGUCACCAUGUAACAAUGCAAGUAGCUAAAGUUAUUAAAACCAGUGCGCCAAACCUAAAAGAACUCUCAUUCUAUUUGUGUCCAUUUAUAAUAAGCCCAGACUUCAAAAGAGGAGAAUUACAAAGAAUGUUUAAAAUUGAACUAUUGCUUGACUAACUAAAUUGUUCCACAUUUCCAUAAGCAGCUGAGAUAUCCGUCCUCUUCAUUAUACCAUAAUAUACAAAUUUCAAGUAUUGUUUUAUUAUAGUCAAUUUUUUUAAAUGUUUUCAUUAUAAUAUAUAAAUCAAUUCAAGAGUGAAAAAGUUUAAAUGUUACUUGUUAAAUGUAAAUUAUACCAAAAAGUGGUUUUCAAAAAGUUGAAUCUAAAUUAUUAGCAGUUGCAUUGAGUCAUUGUGAAAUUAUUUAUGUGAUGUAAGUAUUGUACUAUUUAAUUUUAUAUAUACUAUUUAAUAUUAUUUAAUUUUAUAUUUACUUUUUGGUAUUUUUAGCAAAAAGGUAUUUUUAAAAUUGUUAAAGUAAACUGAAUGCGAGAUGUGCAAUAAUGAUACAUGUGACAUAAUAAUAGUAUUAUAAGAUAUUGCCAUUCACUAAAUGCAUGAAUGUUGUGUUCAAAUUUUGUAAUACUGGAUAAAAUUACUAAUCCAUUUUAUUAUAAAAAUACUUCAGUAUUUAAAAAAUAAUGAGUAAUAAGAAUAUGUUAAACAACAAAUAAUAGUUUAUGUAUAGUAUAAAUUUACUUAAACAGAAAGAUUAUAAAUGAAUGCAUUUCCGCCUUUUCUGAUACGUGGAUUUAUCACAGAAACUUUGAAAGAAGUUCGUAUAAAAUACAGUUUGUAUAAUAUUUCAGAUUCAAUAACAACAAAAUUCACUGUCAACAGUAAUAUGUGAUAGAAAGUAUACAUUUAAACAUGUUUGGUUAUGUUUCUGUGAUAAAUUUUUAUAGUCAAAUAAAAUUCAUGUGCCUUAUAAAGGAAAAAUAUAUAAUAUUCAAUUUUUAUAUUGGCCUAAAAGUCAUAAACUUGUUGCUAAAAUACUAGUUUUUAUACAAAUAAUAAAAUAAAUACUUUUGAUAACACAUAAUGGAACAAUAUUAUUAAAUUUACCACAUAGUAUUAUGUUAUUAAUAUUAAUAGAAAUUUUAAUGCAGUUUUACAUUUAUUAGAAAUUGAAUUAAAUAUCAUUUAAAAUUAUGCUAAUGAUAAACAUACAUAUUGAGUUAAGUAAGCAAACCCACUCGAAUCAUUUAGUCUGAUCAGUAUAAAAUGUACAUUUGUAAGUUUUUUUAUUCAAAAUACCAUUGAAAUAAUCCAGGAAAUACUUUGUAUGCUAUAAGUUGACCUCAGUAUUUUAUGUAUUUUAAAUUGCAAAUUUUAUACUGUAGAAUUUAAUUGUACAAAUCAAAACUAUUUAAAUUCUUAAAUUUGACGUUUUAACUAAAUUUAGUGUCUACUUAUCAUCUUGUGUGUAUACAAUUUAAUUAUAUAGUUAUUUCAUUUGUGCUGUUAAAUAUUGUACACACAAUAAAAUGAAAUUACAAAAUGA